AUGGGCAACGGCCAGGCAGACGCCCUGGAAAAAGCUGCCGCCAUGGGCAAAGACCCAUCGUUGGGCACCAUCCUCGAGACACUACACCAACCAGCUACUAAAAGUCUUGAUGAGACAGUCGCCACCAUCCUCCCCAUCGAAACCACCAACUGGAGAACUCCCCUCUUAUCCUUCCUCAGUGGAACAGAAAAGCCGAACGACCCGGUUGCACUCCGCCGCAUUCAGCAUCGUGCCAGGGGCUACCGUCUCAUACAAGGUGCCCUUUACAAUACAGAUGUCUGCGCACCCCUCCUUCGCUGCAUCGCUAGACCAGAAGGGGCCAACCUCAUCCAGAAGAUACAUGAGGGCCUUUGUGGCAACCAUUUGGUGACUCGCACCCUCCUCCAGGGGCUCUACUGGCCUACAAUCAUGUCUGAUGCGGAAGACCUCGUUUGCACCUGCCAAGAAUGCCAAUGGAUGGGACGACGAAGCCACCGGCCCCCACCUCCCCUACAGCCAAUCGUUCCCGUCUAG